GUUAUCAGCCUGAUGAGCGCUACUGCCGCGGACGGAUCGCGGAUAGGGGUUGGCGCGCUGCGGCCUCGAGCGGAGGGGCGGCGACGACGCAUCUGAGGAAGUUGCGAUCGGUGGGCACUGGCUCAGAGUGGAGAGAUGCCGCCGGAGAAGGCUGCUGCGGCCUCGAGCGGAGGCGUGCCGACAACGCAUCUCGGGAAGGAGGCGGCGGCGGGCGCUGCCUCGAGUGGAGAGAUUCCGCAGAAGAAGGCUACGCCCUCGAGCGGAGGGUCUGCCGGCUCGGGUGCUCUUCACGGGAACUCUACUUCCCAGUACUCUGAAGAAUCUGCCGCCGGGCACCCUAGCAAGAAGGCGCGCACAGCCUCAAGUCUGAAGAUACCACAGAAGCACCACAAAGCUGAUAUAAGCUUGAGCGGAGGGACGCUGCAGAAGCAGAGCUCAGAGGUGGAGGCUGAUACCAGCUCGAGUGGAGAGGUGCUGCACGAGCAGGAGCAUCCCAAGCACUUUCAGGAAUCUGAUCCCAACGAGAUUGUACAUGCCAAGGAAGAAAAUAAACAUGUGCAAGAAGCCAAUCAUCUGAUCGAACAGCUGAAUGAGUUGGGCGGCAUGGGAGAGGAUAUCAGCGAGGAGGAGUUCCUUGCUUACCAUGACAAGCUACCUCGCAUCCCUUGUUAUAUCGUUGCCCGUAAACUGACAAAUGAGGAGCUCGAUGAGCAAGAUCUUCGCCACGCACUUUGCCGCUUCAGAUAUUACAAAUACAAGUUGAAAGAGGAGGGAAAGGAAGAUACAUUUGACCUUAAGGACGUUUCUGAGGCCGAGUGCGAUCAGGCGUUCUUAAAGAAACAGAGAUUUUUCAGACGAUUCGAGGAAAUUUCCACACUUGAUUGGUAUUUCCACCCUGAUUACUGCAAAGAUCCUUCUCUUAGUGACUACCAACGCCUAGUCCUUCGAAAUUAUGGUAGUAGCGAGUACGCCAGGUGGACUGAGUACCACGAGUUCCUUCAUAGCCAUGACGUUGAAGAAGAGUAUGUCAAGUUCUGUGAGGAAUUGUUCAAGAAGCUAGAGUGGAUGGAAGGUUAUCUAGAUUUUCCCCGGCCAUCUCAUAAGUGGGAUCGCAUAUCUUCCCGAGGAGCUUUACAAGCAAUUAAACUUGCAUCUACUACCUUUCAGAAGAUCACUGCGUCUUUAGCUUACUAUGGCUACUUUGAGUGUAAACAGAGCAUGGCCUAUGACCGUACUUGGUAUAAGGAUUUAGAUGGUGUUCAUUUUGAGAUUUGGUGUCGGGUCACUGAGAAACAGAUGAGUUUCAGAGAUGCUCUAGCGGAGGUUUGUAAGCUGAACAGGUUUCCAUUACGCCAACGUAGACUGGAAGGUGCACUGAAGCGUGACUACACCAUGGAGAGAUUGGAAUCGGAGUACCAUACCUGCACGGCAAAGGUUCCCCCGGGAGUAAGUAGUUGCGUUUUUUUUUUGUGUGUGUGUGUGGCAUGCAAGUGUAAUCCAUUGGAAUUUGUUUUAUUAUGUGAUGUCUUGUCUGCUUGCCUUCAUCAGACUGAAAAGGACAAGGCUAAGGAGUUGAUUGCAAAGGCAGUUAAAAAUCGGCUCAAUAAGCCGAAGACCUAUGCGCAGUAUAUCAGCAAGAAGAUACACAUUGCGCGCGUUGCUGGAAUACUUCCUCUGAAGGAUUCGAAGGAGCAGUGUAGUUAAGGUUCCGAAGAAUGGGAUUAUGAAAUUGGUCCAUACCUUGCCCUUCUGCCAAAGACCUAUGUUUAUUUUCCUCUCCUCUGAAGGCGUUGUUUCUGAGAUUAUGAAAUUGGACAGUUGGUCAAUCCCUUGUCCUUCUGCACUGUGCUGCCCACAUGUGAUUGCGUAUGCAGAAAUGGUAGUGAUCUGUAAUAUAUAUUGUUAUGGAUCAUAUAUGCUCGUUGGGAGCAAAUAUAGCAGUUAAUACUCCCUCCGUUUCGAAAUAA